AUGAAGGGAUACCCGCACUGGCCGGCGAGGGUGAGUCUGGUAAGAGUGAGCUCUUCCCGUCCUUCAAUUGAUGAACUUCCGAGAAGGACGCUUUCCAAACCGCCUGCCAACAAGUACCCCAUCUUCUUCUUCGGGACUCAUAAGACUGCAUUCUUGGGCCCAAAGGAUCUCUUGCCCUACAAGGAGUAUAAAGACAAAUUUGGCAAGUCUAACAAGAGGAAAGGCUUCAACGAGGGCCUGUGGGAGAUCGAGAACAACCCUGGAGUCAAGUUCACAGGCUAUCAGGCCAUCCACCAACAGAGUUCAUCAGAAACAGAAGAGGGGGGAAACACUGCUGAUGGCAGCAGCGGGGGCGAGGAGGGUGACUCCGUUGAGGAGGAGGAUGACAAGGAAAAGCUGAAGGGAGACAAGACCGGAUCCAAACGGAAAAAGACAGCCACCUCCAAGAAGUCCACAAAGCUGUCAAGGAUGUCAUCUGGAGAGGAUGACCUGGAGAAGGAUGGGAAAGAAGACGACCAGAAGAGCGGCUCAGAGGGAGGAGACCCCGACAACGACAUCAUCCAAAAUACCACUGACAGUAAGAACCAGCUGCUCAUAGAAGAACAUUAAGUGAUGACAGUGUGAAAGGGAAAUCAUUAUUUGUAGCUGUGACGUUGGAUAAGUGAGUCUACAACAUGAUUUCUCAUCAGCACCAUCUACUGGCUGGCAUCGUCACCUCCUCUUCUCUGUUGGACUUCCAGUAUGUGUUUGUAUGAAAGAUGCACCCAUACUGAUACUGACAUCAGUCAUCAUGUGGAUGCCAGGGUAUAAAGGGCAUUACGUCACACAGUUUAUUCAGCACUUAAACUUAAUGCCAAGGGCCAUGUCAGACAUCAAAGCAAAGCCUUUGCCAUCUUGAACUCUCUAAAAUAGACCGAUUCAAAUAUUGAAUCUCUUUUAUCCAGUGACUCUGAAUGCUUGUGUAUUUGUUAAAUAACCAUAAAGUAUAGGAUAUUUAAAGGGGCAUUAAGUACUUGGAAGAUUUUAUCAUGCUCUACUGGCAACCAUUCAGAGUUGUGAUCACAUUUGCUGUCUUUCUAUGGAGCCUAUUUUCUACUAGGCUCAGACUACUCGCCCAGACAGAACCAAAUUGUAAGGUUGUCCCCUUUUAUAGCCUGACAAGUGACAUUUAUUUGUUCAGCAAUUGGUGGGUAAGAACAGAAUUAAAUGUCAUAUUUUACUUCAUUACAGGCCUGUGACAGCCAUGGAUACCAUUUUUUUUUUCCUUUUGUUUGAGGGCAGUUUGAUUUUUUUUUAUUUCUGUUGUAAUAUGAAUAUAACAGAUUUUAAAAAAGGGUUCUGGAGUACAAACCUAUUCUAACUUCAAUUUAAAGCCUUGGCAAAUUAAUUUCAAUGAACUGCAUCUCAGUCUUCAUUGGCAAUUUGUUUUGUUGGCUCAGUUUUGACAUAAGUAAUAUAUUGAUAGGAAUCAUUCACUCAGUCAUUUUCAUGCAGAGAGGAAAAGAACGUAAGUACCUGUACCUGCAACUAAGUCUCAAAACAAAGUCACAAUUUGACAAUAGUAAGAGGUUAGCUAGUGAGAAUGAAGCCCAGUGAAGUGAAUAUUUCAGUGUUGUGUUUUGGCUUGAGAAUCGACUCAGCAGGAAUUAAUUUUCUUUUGGUAAGCAGCUUGAAUAUACCAGUCAGUACUGAACAGAUAGAGAGACGACUGACAAUUCCAUUUUUUGUAUGGCAGCUCAGAUACUAGCUCUACCAUACGGACACAUCCAGAAAUAAUCUUUGUAAAACUGUUUUUGGCAAGUUUUUAAUGAAGACUGUAAACGUAUAUCAGCUAAACCUGAUGCUACACUAACCUGUGUACACUUACUAUCUAGUAACAGAGGAAGAUGAAUUCCUCCUAUGUCAGUGACACAGCUUCUUCAGGUUGAGGCUAAUAACAAGUUAGUUCAUUAAAAAAUCUAUUAAAUAUACAAUACGUAUCAGUUUAUUACUGAUGUGAUGUCAGAAUGAAUACGGAUAUGAUCUACACAUACAAGCAAGACGAUCAGUGAGAAGAUUGGCGGGUUUCUCUAUACUUAUUAUACUUAUUAAUGGCUGCCUAGGGCUGUGAUGAUACCCAUGUGACCACAAUACAACAGUCUAGUGAGGUCUACUGCGGGUUGAGUUCAUUAUUGUCUGUACUGCAUUUUUUAUUUUUAUUUUCUUAAUUUAUUUUUUUAAAUUCUAUUGUUCAAUGUCACGCGUUAUUUUUUCUACAUCGGCAUUCUUGGUCAGACUGGUCAAACGUCAAGCUGACAACAAUAAUUGUUUCCAACAAAGGAAAAUGGCAAAAUAAUCAGACCCUGUUAUAUUUAUCAUUAUACAUUUAUUUUAUACAAAUGUUUUAGUUCAAGACUGGAUGACAAAGUUUGUGGAAAGCAUCAACACCAACACUGUACAGCACAAAGGUAACGUUAGCCUUUCCUGCCCACCUUCCAGACCGUUACUUCAGGGAUAACUCCCUUCACUUUACCAGCAGUUAAGAAA